AUGUCGGCCACUGAAUUGUACACAAAGGGUGCCCGGGUAUGGAUCCCCGACUCCGAGAUUGUCUGGCGGGCUGCAGAACUGUUGGAAAAUUAUACUGGGCAGAAGUCCAUCAAGAUCCAGUAUGAGGAUGGAGAGGAAUCGGAAGUAGCAGUCAGUGAUAAAAGCAAGCUUCCUCAUCUCCGAAACCCGGACAUCCUGAUAGGAGAAAAUGACCUUACCUCUCUCAGUUAUCUUAACGAACCAGAAGUUCUGUAUAACCUGCACGUCAGAUUUGCUGAAAGGAACAUCAUUUAUACCUACUGUGGUAUUGUACUGGUGGCCAUUAAUCCAUACGAAGAGGUAAACAUCUACAGUAAUGACAUCAUACAGGCUUACAGUGGACAGGAUAUGGGCGCCAUGGACCCACACAUCUUCGCCGUUGCCGAGGAAGCCUUCAAACACAUGUCAAGGUUUGACAGGAACGAAUCGAUCAUCGUUUCGGGAGAGUCAGGUGCCGGAAAAACAGUAUCUGCUAAGUAUGCCAUGAGGUACUUUGCUACUGUGGGAGGUUCACAGGCUGAGACAAUGGUGGAACAGAAGGUUUUAGCCUCCAACCCGAUCAUGGAGGCAAUUGGCAACGCUAAGACAACACGAAACGACAACAGCAGUCGGUUUGGGAAGUACCUUGAGAUCUCCUUCAAUAAACAACAUGAAAUUGUUGGUGCCCAUAUGAGGACCUAUCUACUAGAGAAGUCAAGAGUUGUUUUCCAAGCUGCCGAAGAAAGAAACUACCAUGUGUUCUAUCAAUUAUGUGCUGUUGCUGACCGCCCAGAGUUCAAGAAGUUCCAGCUAAAAAAUCCUGAUGACUUUUUCUACACAAGCUGUGGUCAGGCGCCGGAGAUACAAGGAGUAGAUGACGCAGAAAACCUGACACAUACAAUGGAUGCCCUGACUUUACUAGGUGUUGGUGAGAGACAUCAAAUGAUGAUUUUUCAGAUACUCUCCGGAAUUCUCCAUUUUGGAAAUGUUAAAAUAAGUGAAGCAGAAGGAGAGUCUUGUGAAAUUCCGGCCAAGGACAAGUCACUAACCAUGUGCUGCUCACUACUGGGGAUAGAGGAAUCGCAGAUGAGGAUGUGGCUGUGUCAUAAAAAGAUCACAACGGUCAACGAGGUGCUCACUAAACCUCUCACCGCCAAUCAGGCCAGUUUUGCUCAGGACGCUCUUGCCAAGCAUAUCUACGCUGAGGUGUUCACCUGGAUUGUCAACAAGAUUAACAUUACACUGCAAAGCAACACCAAACAAUACAAGUUUAUUGGUGUUUUGGAUAUUUAUGGGUUUGAGACGUUUGAAAUCAACAGCUUUGAGCAGUUUUGUAUUAAUUAUGCCAAUGAGAAACUCCAACAGAUAUUCAACAGUCAUGUGUUUAAACUGGAGCAGGAGGAAUACGUACGUGAGGGCAUCGAGUGGUCGUUUAUUGACUUCUAUGACAACCAGCCAUGUAUUGAUCUGAUCGAAAGCAAACUGGGAAUUCUUGAUCUGUUAGACGAGGAAUGUAAGAUGCCGCGUGGUUCGGACGCCAACUGGUGUCAGAAACUGUACAGUAAACAUUUAGGGAAGGCAAAACACUUUGACAAGCCACGUAUGUCAAACAAAGCUUUCAUUAUUGCCCACUUUGCUGACAAAGUUCAGUACCUGGCGGACGGAUUCCUCGAGAAAAACAGAGAUACAGUAUUAGAAGAACACAUCAAUAUUCUCAAAGCCAGUGAGUUUGAACUGGUGGCCGAGCUCUUUGAUAUUAAAGAUCCAAAUUUGAAAAAACCUCGUGCAGGAUCUGCUACAACCCAUCCCACAAGAUUAGUUCCAAAAUCGGCAGGAGGAAAAUCAAACCGAAACACUGUGGGAUCACAGCAACAACAGAAGGCAACAGUUGGAGAUCAGUUCCGAGAUUCUCUGAAGAUGUUGAUGGAGACACUAAACGCUACCACUCCACAUUACAUCCGUUGUAUAAAACCUAACGACUUUAAGGAACCAUUUACGUUUGAGCCCAACAGAGCUGUGGAACAACUACGAGCCUGUGGAGUGUUGGAAACUAUACGUAUCAGUGCUGCUGGCUACCCCUCAAGGUGGACCUACAGUGAGUUCUUCCAGAGGUACAGAGUCCUGGCAAGGUCUAAAGAUAUCAACCGAUCAAACCCCAGAAAGACAUGUGAAAACAUUCUUAUCAAAAUCAUACAGGACCCAGAUAAAUACCGAUUUGGUAAAACGAAAAUAUUUUUCCGUGCUGGUCAAGUGGCGUAUCUGGAGAAAUUACGAUCGGAGAAACUCCGUGCUUGUGGUGUCAUGAUUCAGAAACAUGUCAAGGGCUGGUUGGCACGGCGACGGUACAAGAAGAUUAUGCGGUCUAUAAAACUGAUACAAAAACAUGGACGGGGAGUGUUGGCAAGAAGACAUGCUAAAUUUCUCCGUGAGACGAAGGCCGCUACAAAGAUCCAGAAAACAUUUAAAGGUUUCCAGGCUCGCAAAGUAUUUAUGAUCAAGAAAAAAGCUGUGGUCAAGAUACAGGCUUGUAUCCGAGGAUUAUUUGGAAGAAGAAUGUAUCAGAAACAGAUGCACGAACACAGAGCCAUCGUCAUUCAACGUCAUGUUCGAGGUUGGCUCCAACGACGUCGUUAUCGUAAGAUCAUUCAUGGCUUCAUCUUAAUUCAGUCUCACUACCGACGACGCAAGGCUAAGGCUCAACUCAAGAUUCUCAAGAUCGAGGCUAAGUCGGUGGAGCACAUCAAGGGAGUUAACAAAGGACUGGAGAACAAGAUCAUUGAGCUGCAGCAGAAACUAGACAACAGGAACAAAGAAGUGCAACAGGUGAAGGUCAAGGAAGUGGAGAUCGCAAACAUGAAGACGGAGAUGGAAAAGCUUCGUCAGAACAGCAGCAUGGCCGAAAAGUCAACCAACCGCAUCACCGAACUACUGAAGCAGAUAGAAGAAUUGAAGGAAGAAUUGGCAAGAGAGAAGGGCGAGAAACAAGACCUUGUAUCAGAGAAGGAACUCAUGCAUAAAAAGCAUACAGAGGUAGGCAGUAUGUUGAUGGAUGAAAAUGUUUCCAUCAAGGAACAAUUAAACAAGGCGAAUGAGAAACUGCGGGACCAAGAGAAACAGUCAGCAGAUACCAGUAAAGAGCAGUUAGAUACUGCUAAUAAAAUCAUGCUGGCAGAAUUUGAGUCGGAACGUGCUCAUCAUCAACGUCUGGUCAAAGACUAUGCUCGUCUUCAACAACGUCUAGAAAACCUUCAGGGCGAAAUGCAGGUCUUGACAAGUCCACAGGGACACAAGCGAACACCCUCAGACAUCUCUGCUAUCAGUCUAGAGUCGUACGCGAGUUCUAUCUCGCCCGAGGAUUUUGAGAAGGAAUCAGAUCAAGGUUAUGAAACUACAGAGAAGAAGAAAAAGAAGGGACCCGCCCCCGCCCCACCCACCAUCAGUGUGGAUACAGUUGCCAAUGGAACUCAUGUUGACAAGGAUAUGGACAUUGGACUUGUCCUGAAGUUGCAGAGCCGUAUAAAGGAACUUGAAAAAGAUAAAGAUUCCCUACAGAAGAAAGUGGACAAUUUUGAAGAUGGAGGAAGUCCCAUGCAUCGAUCCUCAGCUGUUAUCUCUGAUUCUGCAUUUGAUGCUCUCAAGAAACAGCUGGUGAAUGCUGAAGACGUAGAAAUUGUCAUAAAAUUACAAAAACGAAUCAGGGAAUUAGAAACAGCAAAAUCUAAGCUUGUUGAUGAAUUAGAUGAACGCGAGGAAGAGGAUGAGAAUAUGGGAUUCAAAAUUAUGACUCCCGAAUAUGCCUAUAAUAACCUGAAGAUGCAAGAACUGGAAAAUGAAAAUGAUAAAUUAAAGCGUGAAGUAGCCAAGCUUGUCGCAUCCAUCACAGAAACAACAAACUUUGAUCAAAACGUACAGCUAACACCUGCUGGUAAAGAGUUUUUGGAACAAUUUGAGGCAAUGACAGAUGAGUUGGAACGUCGCCGAGAAGAAUGUCUCCAGUUACGUGCCAUGAUGGCUGAACGAAGUAUCACUACACAUGAGAUUGCCAAGCAAUCAUAUGGCGGUAUCGACACUAUUGUUAAUGAGGACAACGAACUGGCCAUGGCAUACAGAACACAGAAGGAGCUUAACAGGUUGUUAGAAAACCAACUUCAGAAAACAGAGAAAGACGGAAAGAAAAAGGAAGAAGAAUUGAAAAAGGAGAUUCGACAACUGAAGAAAGACAACGAUGAGCAGCAGAAAGUUAUCACCCAGCGUAAAAAAUCACAUAAUAUCUCUCUAUCUCCCGAGGCUAAGAUCGAGGCAACAAUGCAGCAUGAGAUCACGCGACUCACGUCAGAGAACCUGGACCUGAGAGAAACCAUAGACAAGAAUUCCGACCAGAUGCGAAGACUAAAGAAAAUGCUGAAGGUGUAUGCUAAACGUCUGAAGGAUGGCGAGGCUGCUGAAAUAGCUGCAGAGCUGGAACAGGAUGAGAAUAAGGCUAGUGUGGACAAUGUUGCCUCAAUCAAACACAGAGAACGCAUGUACAUGGGAAUGUUAGAGUAUAAAAAGGAGGACGAGAAUGUACUCAUCAAAAAUCUCAUCAUGGACCUGAAGCCAAAAGUUGCUGCAGGUCUUUUGCCUGGUCUACCAGCGUAUGUCCUGUUUAUGUGUGUACGACACACAGACUACAUCAAUGAUGAUGAAAAGGUCCGCUCUCUCCUCACCAACUCAAUAAACAGUGUACGAAAGUGUGUCAAGAAACAUCAUGGUGACCUUGACCGUGUGACCUUAUGGCUAGCCAAUACCUGUCGUCUAUUACACACACUCAAGCAGUACAGCGGAGAAAAGGCGUUCCAGUCGGACAACAAUACACGUCAGAACGAACACUGCCUACGGAACUUUGACCUGUCUGAGUAUCGGCAGGUGUUCAGUGAUCUCGCAGUCUGGAUAUAUCAGACCCUAAUCAAACUGAUGGAGGAGACCAUACAGCCGAUGAUCGUGGCUGCGGUGCUGGAACAUGAGGCCAUCGCUGGACUCACGGCAAGUAAACCUUCAGGAAUGAGAGGACGGUCGUCCAGUACUGCCACAGACCCAGACGAUGUGAAGGAACUCUCCCUUGACUCUCUCAUGAAAGCUAUGAACAAGUACAGCCAAGUAUUAACCCAACAUGCUGUUGAUCCUGAGCUUGUCAAGCAAAUCUUCAGACAGCUCUACUACUUUAUAUGUGCGGGUGCCCUUAACAACCUGUUGCUAAGGAAGGACAUGUGUAAUUGGUCGAAGGGAAUGCAGAUCCGUUACAACCUUAGUCAUCUAGAACAAUGGCUACGCGACAACAAACUACAUGAAGUAGGAGCCCAGGUUACCAUGGAACCCAUCAUCCAAGCAUCACAGCUUCUACAGGCGAGAAAAACUGUCGCCGAUGUGGACAGUAUCUGUGAGAUGUGCUCCAAACUCACAACAGCUCAGAUUGUGAAAAUUUUAAAUCUCUACACACCAGUAGAUGAAUUUGAGGAGCGUGUACCAAUUCCAUUCAUCCGCGAAAUUCAGAAAAAGUUGAAAGCACGACCACAAGAUUCGGAUAAUACACUUCUAAUGGACACAAAAUUCUCGUAUCCUGUCACAUUCCCAUUCAAUCCAUCAAGCAUCGCCAUGGAAACAGUGGAAGUUCCUCAAACCCUCCAUCUUGGUUUCCUCACCCGUGUGUGAUUUUAGUCAAUUUAGUCGCUUACUUUAAUUUAUUGAACAGAUGUGUCAUAUGUUUGUUUUUAUAGUAUCUGUGUUCCUGUUCCGUAUCAUAGAAAAACACUUUUUAGUUUUUUGCGUCAUCGGGAAUCACAGUAAAAAAUCAGUAUAAGAUGCUCUCAUGCUUAUGAAAACUGCACACUGUAAAACCUGUCUUUACCGACUAAAUAAUUCAAUGUCCUCAAAUAGAGAAUAGUGGAAUAAUUAUUAGAAUGUUAGAAUUUUAUGUCCUUGAUAGUUUCUCUCUAUUUAACAAUUUCAACAAUUUUCCUUACUUUAAAUUUCACAAAUUUUUUAUAUGAAUCUGGAAAUAUAUACAGUCAUUCUGCAUGAGAUGUGGCACCCAGAUUUAAAUACAAUUUGGGCUAACUUAUAGAUUUAUUUGUGAUUUUAUUGGGAAAUUUGUUUUAGAACUUUUUCCUGAAGUUUAGAAAUCAGAUUCUGUUCACAGAUUUGCAUUUUGAUUUUAAUAAUAAAAAAGAAAAAACCCCAAAAAUGUAAAAUAUCAGAAAACUCAACAUUAACCUAAGUGAGGAAUCAGUUUUUGAAGGUUUCUUGAUAGUAAAGGGUCGUUUUAGACAGGUUGCACAAUGUAAGUUUGUCAUCAAGUUUUUUUUGUCUUAUUAUUAAAACUCCAUUUUGUUGUACAUAUGUUUUCUAGACUUGGUCUAUAACUGUUACUGUUAAUGUCAGGUUUUCUCGUUACGUUUUAAACAUCUGUAUAUAAAACAUUAUUCCUAUACAGAAGUAGUAAAAUUAUAUAGAAUUAAUGUUAAAUUAUCUGGCAAUAAGCCAAAGUCUGGUAGUCAGCCCACCUAUACAUAUAUAUAUUGCUGUUAUAGGAAAAUGGAAAAUAGUUCUAUUUCAUUUUUCUGUAAUAAGUCAAACCCUGGCUUUGCUGUCAAUCAUCAAGUGUAAAUUUAUAUCUAAUGCUAAUUUCUGGAAUAGGUUUACUGAUGUUGCUUUCUGUGUAUUGGUAAUGAAAAAUAAAUGAAAUAUGACAAAUUAGGUUAUGCACUUUAAUAUUAUUUGACAUUUUUCACACAAUUUGUAAUUUUAAUUCAUUUUUCUGGCCAGUCAGGAGUUCUUUUGAAACUUUGUAAAAGUCUUUUUUUUCCAUAUUUUUUUUUUACGAUUUCAUGCUAAGAUUGAAGCAGAAAGGAAUGCAUGAGAUAGUCAUGUUUCAUGGUGAACUGUACUUAAUUUUCACAAUAUUUUAAACACUUUUAAAGAUGGCAGAAAGUGAAUUCUCGCUACCUUCCCUUAUCAUUAAACAAUUGGCAUCCAUGUUUUCUCCACAAAUAUUGGAUUUCAUCAAUUUACUAUUUAUUAACACAAAUUUCAUUAUUAUAAAUUUGUAGAUUUUUACAAAUUUGCUAGAGUUAAUUUCUCCCAAAUGCAAGCAAUGGAAAAAGAGGAGUGUAAUAUUUUUAGAAUAUCGAAUACGCUGUGUUCCUCAACUGCCAGUUUGUAAAUGGUGUUGAUUUCUUGGGUUGUGAAAUUUUACUUGAAUAAGCUCAAUGAUGACAAGUUAUUUACACAUGAAAGGAAGUUUGUGUGAACUUUGUUAUGUAUAAUUCUUGAUAAUUCAUUUCGUCCAUCUACUUACUAUCUUAAUUAUUAAAGAUUUGUUAGCGUAUGAAUGGUGUUUGACCAUUAUGUUAUCAAAUUACACAACUGUUAUAUAAAUGUUAUUUCCAGACUUUUGUCUCAGUUAUCUCCCUUUGGUCUUGUGAUUACCAGUAAGCGUUUAUAAUGCAGACUGAACUAUAUUGUUGCCAUUUACGUAGAAUGUAAGAGAUGUGGCCCUUUUGGUGCCCUUCUCCCCUAUAAGCAGUGACUUUAUCAUAUCUGCUAAUUUGAGUCUUUAUUCUCCUGUAUCGCACGACAGAAAAUUUAAUUUGAAACUUACUGUGAACCAUUUUUAUAACAUUCAGUUUCGUUGACAUAGAAAAAAAUCUUGUCUGUCAUGUUUUUUUUUUCCCUAAGUUAACUCAAAAUUUGAAGCAAAAACAUAUUUCUAUUUUCUUUAUGUACUCCAUUUUUUCAAGAUAUUACUUUUGGCAAUUUUGCGUUGUCCUGAAAAAUAGCAAAAGGCAGAACUCCCUGAAAAUAACUUCUUUGAUCGUAUAUAACGAGGACAAAUUCGAGGGAAUUCAUUUUUUUUUAUGUUUCAUUUUAUUACCAAUAUAUAUGUUCAUUAUCUUUGAAUCCUGUUUUGUUUCGGACUUAAGAUUUAUAUUGGACUGUUGAAGCCAAAUGAAAAUGGCAAAGCCUGAAAAUGGCAAAUCCUCUUCUACAUAUACACAAUUGAUACAAAAAAUAAUAAAAUUGUGUUUUUUUUUUUUUUCUUACUUUUUUCAUAAAAUGUAAACAUGUGAUGCAUCUUAUCUACAUUUAUAACAUACGUACACUGUUUAUAUUUCUUAUUGCUUAUAAACAUUAUUUUGAUAUCAGUUUAUCAUUUUGAAUAUGGAUGUAAAUGAUGAUUAAUAUUUAAAUGGACCAAAUGUAACUUUAAAAGAGGCACCGUCUUCCACACACACACACAGUGGCAUUAUCGAAACGACUCAAGUUUUUUUAACAAGCGUGAUUUUAUCCUUCUGUAAAUAACAUUUAACUAUCAAUAGAAACACUUGCCCAUUCUUUCUACACUACUCCAUCUUGUUUUUUUCUACGGGAAGUCUUGAUUUGUAAUCAGACCUGAGAAUUUCCUGUUGCUUUGAACUUGGUCUUGAAUAUUCGAGUUGGGCAAUUACAUUUGGUAUAAGGUAUGCCCAACUGUUAUUUGUUCAGUGUACAGAAUAUAGUUACGCUUCCCUUUAGAAUAUGAACCCACCUGUAACUAAUAUGACUUAAAAGGUAAACACGACAGGUAAUUUUGGUCAGACUACAAACUAUCUGUAGUUAACAAUAAUUAACACUCUUCCAAUGCACUUGAUGACUUAAAAAGACAUUAAGACGGAAUAUUUAACUUUUUUUAAUACAUGGAUGGAAUUUUCUUAGAAAAUUUACCGAUCAUCUUUGUACACUAGAUUAGUAAUUUUGGUGCACUGUUCUAUAAAGGGAUAUUUACAAAGAGGAUACAAGUCUUGGAAAUGUCCGCCAGGAUUUGUUUAGACUUGUGAAAACCUUGCAAUAGUUUAACAAUACGGGAUAUAGAUAUAGAUAUAUGUUAUUGUUUAUGCAGCAUGUUUUGAAGUAUUUGUAGCAUCGCAUCAAUUUGUGUUUUGUAUGCAAGUAAUUUGUAAGUAAAAGUUUUAUUUUUUUAAUUAUUAAUGAACUAGGCUUGUGUUUGAAUGCUUUUCGGAUACCAGUUCUCCUGUUUCUGGUUAUAUUUAUAUAUUGCAUCUAAAAAUGGGUUUAAAAUAAUGGAUUAUUGUGCAUCGUUUCGAUGUUUUGAGAAUAAAAUCUUGCCAAGUACUAAUUUUUUAUAAGAUACUUUCCACAAAUUAUGUGAACAAUUUAAAAAUCUACCAGAUCUUAAAUUAUUACUCUCAUUACAUGUCCGACGUUGGAUUGCAUGCAAUAUGGCCGAGUAGGAAAAAUUGUCCAAUCAUAUGCUUUUAUCCAUUUCUUUUAAUAAAGAUGAUUUGGUAAGUGCUUAAUUUCAAAAUCUAUAUAUGAACAGUUCUUAUAAUUUGUAAAGUUCAUCGAUAUAUGUAUAUGAAUCCUUGUGAAUGAUGUUUUUUUUUCUCAUAUAUGUCGGAGGCAGUUUUGAGGAAAAGUCGUUUUGAAAAUUGUGUUGCAAUUGAUAGAAAAGAUAUGAAUGUUUUACUCCUAUAUGAGGGAAUUUCUCAAAAUGACUUGUGAUAAGGGGGUCAUCUCAAAAUGAUUGAGAUAUUGAUAAUUGGGUUUGUCUCAAAAUGACUGAGGUAAAAGAGGGGUCGUCUCAAAAUUUUAUAUGAAAAUGAAUGUCUCGAAGAGAAUUAUCAUUUCUAUGCGAGGUCUUUAAGACAUAAGUAAAUAAACAAACAUUGAGUAGCAGAUUUAGGAUUGUCUCAAAUAUAUUAUAAUCCCUUAUUAUGUCUUUAGAAAGAUGUAUUAGGAUAAUGUAUGUAAUAGGUACAUGUGAUACACACUGCACGUUAUUUAGAAAAUCCUCCGUUUGUUGACGUGCCUCUGUUGUGGGGAACGCUUGUUGUGUUUUCUCUUGUAUCAUUCCAAUGUGAUAGCUGGAACUAUUAAAUAUGUGAUCAGGCAAAAA